AUGGUGGGAAUCACUCAAUCAGGGUCCGGGAUCCCCGUCGUCGAUCUCUCCCCUUUCCUCGCCGCCGCCGCCGAAGACGAGAAUAUGGCCGUCGAGAAGAAGAAGGCGAUGGAGGCGGUGAAAGAAGCAUGCUCGGAGUACGGAUUGUUCCAGAUAGUAAACCACGGCGUCCCCACCGCACUCAUUGACCGAGCCCUCCAACUUUCCGCCGACUUCUUUGACCUUCCCGACGGCGAGAAGCGCAAGUUCACGAGCAAACCAGCUGGCGGCGCUGCGUUGCCGUCGGGAUACAACCGCCGACCUUUCCAUUCCCCCGAGAAGAACGAGUUCCUUCUCAUGUUCCACCCUUCCUCCCCCUUCAACGUCUACCCUACCAACCCUCCCCACCUCAGGGAAGUGAUGGAAGAGGUGUUCGUUUGGCUGAGCAAGACAGGAUGGUUGAUGGAGGGCAUAAUCAACGACUGCUUGGGUCUCCCCGCCGGAUUCCUCCAGCAGUUUAACUCCGACAGGAAAGGGGAUUUCAUGAGUAUUCGUCGGUAUUUCCCGGCGGCGGAGGACGAGGACAGAGGCCUCACGGCCCACCAAGAUGGCAACUCCGUCACCUUCAUCUUACAAGACGAUGCCGGAGGGUUGGAGGUGUUAAGAAACGGAGAGUGGAUCCCGGCCACUCCUACGCCGGGCAGUAUCAUCGUCAACAUCGGGGACGUGAUCCAGGUGUUGAGCAACAACAAGUUCAAGAGCUCCAUGCACAGGGUGGUGAGGCCCAAGGGAAGAAGCCGCUACUCGUUUGCAUUUUUCUACUGCUUGCCGGCGGAGAAAUGGGUGGAGCCAUUGCCGGAGUUCACGGAGAAAGUAGGGGAGCUACCUAAGUACCGCAAGUUUCAGUUUAAAGAGUACACUCAACUUAGGAUGAGGGAUGUGAUGGAUCCACCUCAAAGGCCCGAAGAUUCUGUCACAAUUACCCACUACUCCAUCAACUAA